AUGACAUUUUUAUAGCGGAGUUCGUAGGCGGGACUCGAAAACGAAAGGGAAGCUGGUAUCUCUUUUUUCUUUUGUUUUCUUUCUUCUUGUUUCUUUUCACAAGUCAAGCAGCGGUUCUGUAAUUCUUCUGUUCCUUAAGAACAAAUAAGCCUCUUUACACAAAGUGAGCAAUGACUUUGAAGGCUCUCAUUUUGCUGUCAGUCUGGUUUUGCGUAUUCAUUACGGAAGUUACAGAACUUCAGAUUAUUUGCUCUUCUGAGCCAGUACAAGCAGUAUACAGUGAACGUGUCCUUCUCCAGUGCUACCUUAAGCCCCCACUGGAUGCAAAAUCUCAGACAGUGAAGUGGACUCGUGGGAAUGACAUUGUGAUCCUUCGUCAAGAUGGAAAAGACAAUGCUGGAGCACAGAGAGAGCAUUUUGAAGAGCGGGCUGCUCUCUCCCAGGAGGCGUUAAGCAAAGGAAAUUUGUCACUGAUGCUGUCCUCACUAAAACUCACUGACACCGGGAGAUACAAAUGCUCCUUUAUCACUGAUAAUGUGGAGAAAAGUUGCUAUGUUAACCUCACUGUUGGAGAGUCUGAUGUGAUUGGCUCAGAUCAACCAGUCAAAGCAAAUGUGGGUGAGGACGUCAUUCUGCCGUGUCACCUGGAGCCCCCAUUUAAUGUGUCGACUCUCACAGUGGAGUGGACAUGCAAUAAAACUUAUGUGCAUGUUUAUCGAAGUAUGAAACAUGAUCCAAAUCAACAGGACAGACGCUUUGUAAACAGAACAUCUCUCUUCUGCGACGAAAUCGGGAAAGGCAACAUUUCCUUAUUACUGAAAAAUGUGUGCAAAGAAGAUGAAGGACUCUAUAUAUGUCAUGUUCCCAAACUGCACAGUCAAGUCAGAAAGGGGAACAUUACACUAAAAGUUGAUGCAGCAAAACAUGAUACAAAACAACAGUUUAAUGGAUCAAGUAAUAAUAAUACCGCUAAAAACACUAUUGGUGUCAUUGUUGGUGUCAUUGUUGGUGGCAUUGUCAUUGCUGUCAUCGCUAGGUAUUGGCAAAACCGAAGACAAACUGGAGAGCAAAAUGAUCAUCCAAACAAUGAGCAAGUGGAGGAGCAACAACACAUUCCAUUGAGAGAAGAGCAAGAACAGCCAAACCCUGACAACUUGUCCAACUGCUUGGUUUCAUAGCAGAACAUAAAUUAAUCUCAAAAGAACUGUGUGUUGGUUUGUGGUCAUGGACAUGAAUUGUUUUGUUUUUCUUAAGUAAAAAACUAUAAGGAAACCGUUAGGUAAAGCCUUGUUGUUUGCUUUAUACGUGUGUGCUGAUAUGUAUUUUUCCUCUGCCAUAAAAAGUGCAACAUAUGUUGAAUUUU